AUGUUACUUCCAGCGCAACGCCCGACCUUGCCCACAACGCUGCCAAUGCCAUGUGCGGCAGCUCCGAUGGCAGUGGGCGCUCGGACCCUGCCGCAGGCAAGUCCGCAGCUUCCUCCGCAACUAACUCGAGUGGCUUCACAAGGCGGACUGAUGGGAGUGCCGGCAGUGUCUAUGCCUGCAGCAGUGCCUAGCAUGGGUAUGCAACGUUGUCACAGCGUCGGCAGCAUGCCCAGUGGUGUGGUGCAGAUGCAGCAAAGGGCGGUUACAGCUAGGGCUGUGACCCCAACACCACAGCCGAUGUUCAGGAUGGGCUCUGGAGUUGUACAGACUGGUGUACCAGUUGCCACUGCGAGUUUCGCUCCCAGCCCUGCGCCUGUGGCAUCAGUUGUCUCGGUGGCAUCCGUGGGCGCUUGGCCCCCGUCCUCCCGACAACCUUCAAUAUCUCCACGGAAUCAACCAGCUCCAGAUGCAAAGAUCGCGACCACUCCCACAUCCAAAGCCACAUCCAAAGAGGGCAGCCCAAGGUUUUACCAAAGCCAUGCCAUGAAGCACACCAAAUCUGAAGAUGGGUCGCCUCGAUCUCAAUCUGAUAGCCCCAAGAGUAAGCCAACAAGUCCACGAAAUGGAGGCUCUGUCAAAGGUGCAGCUUGGCAAGGGAAGACCGCGGAAGAAGCUCCAUGGGAAGUGCCAUACUCCAUGCGUGCUCGAUCUGGUAGCAUUUCCCCAACCCAAAGCCCCCAGCGCCCACAGCGGCCGGGAAAACCCCAGCGUUCAGAAUCGCAGAAGAGGCGCUACCAGGAUCUGUAUGAAGAUCAUGAGAUACGACUUCAGAAGUGGCAGGCAAAACUGGAAGAGAAAAAGCGGAAGGAAGAAGAAGAGGUCCAGAAGAACAUUGCCAACACUUGCAGCCCCCGGAAUUUCAGCCAGCACCAGUUUCAGAGCUGGUACAGUGAAAGCAUGAACAAAAAGCAGGAGGGCCUCGUCAAUCGCCUUGAGAAGAAGCGAUCUGAGGCGCGCAUUCGAGCAUUUCAGGAGCUGUCUGAGUGUACCUUUACGCCCAUGGCUCCAACAUGGAAGGCCAAACGGUCUCCGCGAUCAAGCCAAUCAAGUCGAGCAGGGAGCUUUCUAUCUGAUGCACGACCUGUCGUACACGAAGGUGAUCAACAGGCUCAGGCAGAUGAGCUGGUCGCGGCGCAGGUUACCCAAAUCGAUGCCUUGCGCCAACUGGAAAAGAAGGAAAGGGAAAUGCACGAAGCGACCCAACAGGUCUUCAAUGAAUUUCUGGAGAGGUCGCUUGAGGAAGGACGGCGGAAGCUGAAGCUCUUCGAAGAGACACCCGAAGGCCGCGAGUAUUUGGCUACUCGUGCCAGAAGCUACAUGGAGCUGAAUCGUGGCAUGAACGACUCAGCAGCUUUUGCCGAGGCUAGAAGUGAUCUUUCGCGUGCCAGCGAGGCCAAACUUCAUACACAUGCCGCACAGUUGCGGCAGCAACGUGUUCAGAAAGAUGCCCAGCAGAUCCAACUGGCCAGACUGAAGGUUGCAUGGGAACUCAUCCAGCUGCAACGUCGCUAUAGCCAGCUGUUGGACAAACAGCUACUGCCAAGGCAUGGUAUGUCGAAGCGCGCAGCUUUGCUCACAAUGUUGCGAAGCCAGAGGUGUUUGGUCUUCAUCUUGAUGGCAUGUGAUGCAGUGAUGCACACAGAGAAUGAAUUGUAUCUGCAGAUUCAGGGCAGCUUGGCGGACAAGGUUUUCCUUGCCGGGCUCAGCAUGACAGAUACCAGUGCUGAGCCUCCCGCCAAGCGGGCAAGGAAGGGCACUGAAGAUUGGUACGAGCAGAACAAGGAUCAGUUCAAACCACCAGUCUGCAACAAGCUGAUGCACAAGGGGCAGCUAAGCAUCAUGUUUGUUGGCGGUCCGAAUACCCGCAAGGACUUUCAUCUAGAAGAAGGCAGCGAGUUUUUCUUCCAGCUCAAGGGGAACAUGGAGCUGCCAACUGUCCAGAAAGGCAGCAGAAAGCUCGUUAAGAUCAAGCAGGGCCAAAUAUUUUGCCUGUCUUCCCGCAUCCCUCAUUCGCCUCAGAGACCUGAGGAAGGUUCCUUGGGCUUGGUGGUGGAGCGGCGGCGCGAGGGCAAGGAGGAGAUUGACGGCUUGAUCUUCUACGAAGACUUCAAUACUUGCAAGAAAGUCCGCUGGGAGAAGUUCUUCCGCUGUGAAGAUUUGGCAAAGGACCUUCCUCCUGUCAUAAAGGCCUACAAGGCCUGGGAGGAUGCUGGUGCUGUGCCAAAAGAAUUUAAGGAGGAGGACCGACCAGUGAAACAGGAUAAGGAGACUGAGGUUCCGGAGCCCUUCUCAUUGCAGGACUUCCUGAAGGCCAAUGCCGAGAAACUCGCAGCUGGAGAAUCGAUCAAUCUCCUGGGCUUUGAUCAUCCAGACAAGGAGUUUGAAGUACUGGUCAUUGGUGGGAGAUCGGAACAGACAGGGCAGCAGUCGCAGCUGGAGACCUGGUUCUACCAGAUCAAGGGCACUGUGCACAUUGCUGUCCCUUCUGGGACGUUGGCGCUCAACGAGGGUUGCUGUUGCAUCGUGCAAGCAGGAGUAACCUGUGACGUUGCGCGUUCCGAAGGCUCCAUCGGCAUAGUCCUCCGGCAGAAUAGCCUGGGCAACAAGCCAAAUGGUGACAGCCAAGCAUAG